AUGGCUGUCCGCAAGCGCGAAGUACGGCGCCGCUACCACUGGCCCGAGCUCCAGCUCAACAUCUGGAUUAUGAUUGUGCUCUCCUGCUCGGCGACAUGUCUGGGCAUAUUCUCGUGGUUUAUCGCAGUGCAGAAGCAGAUGUAUCUCGGUACGCCGUGGCUCUUUCCGUACAUGGUAGUAUGCAGCAUCCUCGGGGUAUGCUUCAUAUUCUUAGUACUUAUUCUUGCCUCACGACACUUUCUCUUACCGGGGAUUAUCAUCAUCGGCAGUUUUAUACUGUUUGUGCUGUGGCUGACGGGUCUGGUUGAGACCUCGUUGCAGUUGUACGGGGUUAUCGGCAACGUGAAUGAUAAUUGCCGCAUAUACGUGCAGGAUAACAAGUCCUGGGGCAAUAAUAUCAAUACUCUGGCUUGGCUGACGCAGAGUACGAUUUGCAAUUGCUGGAAAACUGCUUUUGCGCUUGAGCUUGUCAAUACGAUCUUCUAUCUUUGGAUGAUGAUUAUGUCUUGGCAGGUGAAUCGUGAUGUCUGGGAUUGA